AUGCGAAAUAUGUUCGUCAUUGCUCAUUUUGGCCAUGGAAAAUCAUUACUAACUGAUUUGCUUGUAUGCAAAGCUAGUAUUAUUGCUUCACAGAAGGCUGAUGAAAUGCAUUUUACAGAUACACAAAACGAUGAACAAGAACGAUCUAUUAAACUUAAAUUAACAGCUAUUUUACUUUUUUAUGUGUUAUCUGCUAAAGAUUUAGAACUCAUCAAACAAGAAUAUGAACUUAAUGUAUCUCAUUUUUUAAUUAGUCUUAUUGAUUCGCGGGUUUACGUUGAUUUUUCAUCGAAAGUUACUGCUGCUUUAAGUGUUACCGAUGGUGAUCUUGUUGUUGUUGAUUGUAUUUCAGGUGUCCGUCUACAAACUGAAACUGUUCUUCGUCAAGCUAUUACUGGACGUAUUAAACCAAUUUUAUUUAUAAAUAAAAUGGAUCGUGCUUUACUUGAGCUACAACUAGAACAACAACAAUGUUUUUGA